AUGAGUUUUGGAAACUUUCUUCGCCGCUUAUCGUUCGAUACGGAAAAAUCCCAUACGGGUCCCCAUGACGCGGCCACCGAGGGGACCAGCUCGAUCAAUUCAAUUUUUGCAGCCCCAGGCAAAUUGAUCGAAUCGGUGAAUGUGAAAACUGGAAAUUUGGUUUCCGAUUUGAAUCAAAAAUUGGAUUUGGGCGGUAAAUUGGAUUCGUUAAAACACGUGUCUGUGAACAAGUUUGAAAAUGUGGUCUGGGGUACCGGUACCGGAUCCAAAGAUGAAUCCGGUCACAUCGGGGAAGAGAAGACGUUUUCGUCCCCAAGCAAAACGGAUUCGGGCACUGCAUCGCAUACAAAUCCGUUUGAUAGUAUGGGUCAUGUGACUGAUCACGCGGGAGAAUCCAGUGCAACGGAACGUCGUGAUUCACAGGAAAAAGCGCCUCUUCGUCGUCAAAGCACAAACGCCGGUCCCCGUCCACCCCGACCUCCACCGCCCACAGCAGCAGCUUUGAGCAGAGCGAUGAGCGUGGAUCAAGCGAAUAUAGCAAUGAAUUACGGAAAAGACUCGAAAUCAACCAAAGGGCAUCCUAUGCCCGGCACUUUGGAAGAAGAUGAGGACCGAACGGGGGCCCCACGCACGCGUGACAUCGAGGAGGAUGAUGAUGCAAGUUCUGCUUCGGAGUACGGAGCAUACGGAGAUAAACCAGUGUACAAACAGGAUGACGGACAAGAUACCUCUGCAGCAAAAGCCCGUCCUACAGAUGACCUAUUAGGCAAAGGGGAUGAGCACAUUGAAGAGAAAGGAGUGACUGAGGAUCGCGUGGAAUCCGUCAUUAACGUUUGUGUUCCCGCACUCAUCAAUGGAACAUGGAAUCAAGUUCCGGACAGAGAAACAGAAUUGCAAGAUAUUCUUACCACGUCAAUCGGUCGAACCAUGUUUGUCAACCGGAUUGAACAAGAGUCUGUCAGGACACAAGGACAACUGGAUACGAGCGCACUGCCAGCCCUGUUAGACAAAAUCAGUCUGCUACUGACCGAAUGUGAGGACGCGGAAGAUUUCGCCCCGGCCAAGAAAAUUCUCACAGUCUCAUUGUUAUUCUAUGUGAUCGACCCCGGCUCUCCAGGAGAUCGUACAUUCCUGUUCAAUUAUAUCAAAAGUCAACCGAUUUGGCAAUCUCUCCGUUUCUGGAACGCAUGCUUUUUCCAGUCCGUACAAGAAGCACGAGCAAAAAUAACCGAUCAGUCCGGGUGA